AGUCUAGCUCUGGUUUGGUGCGGUUCGCUGGUGUUCGUGACAGUUAAAAUCCGUUUGCUGUAUCAUCGUAUUCCAGUUUAGUGCUUUCUGCAUAACCCGUAGGACGGCUGCACCGCAGUGGAAAAUAGUUUCACAUCGUACAACCACAUCAUCAUCACAUUACCUAUCAUCACCUCAGAAAUCGUCCAUGUUGCUAGGCUGUAACCCCGAGCAUAAAGGAAAGUGAGCAUUCGCAAAAAUCGAUAACCAACCUUGAAAGUGCUAGAAAAAAUUAAACGCCAGUGCAGCACAGUUUGACAGCGACAAAAUUUCUCCCUAAAGUUUCGAGAACAAAGUCGAGCUGACUUCCGUGUCCGAGUUUUCCUACUGAUACUGUGCAAAAUUGUAACCCGUGCUCAAGUGUGCUCCGCAAGAUGUGUGAAUCGCUAUUGACUGCAGAAGAGAAAAUAUCUGCUUUCGAGCUUAACUGCAAAAAGACUGCGUUUACGUCAUGCUUCUAUGCUCUUAUCAGUCGCUGAAUGGCUGCUGAAAAGUGUCCAGCAGUUUCCGAACAAGAAGUGCUCGUCGUCAACCUAUGAACCGCUGUUCGUCCGUGGACCGUGGAGUUGAAGUCGCGUUCUCUUGCGUUCGUCCUCUGUAUAUAAUGUAUAUAUCCAAGCCUAAAGUAUCCUUUCUCUGAAUAUUCCUCGAACCGAGUUUGAAUCGGAACCGCACACAACGCGCACCGUUUUAUGUUUAAAAAAAUAUUCUAAUAAUAGUAGUAAUAGUAAGUACACACGGACGAAGGUUUUAACUCCAGUGCUGGGCAGUCAGUUGAAAGUUGCACUUCCAGCAGGAAAAACCUUUAGCUACAAAUAAGCUGUAGCGUGAGAACUGAAAAACUUUCCGGAAUCCUAGCAAAUCCGCAACCCUCUAGCAGGGUUGGGAUCUCGAAUUGAAGCAAAACGGAACCAGCAGAUAAUAACGGUAAAAACAGAGUAACACCCCAACCGGAACAAGAUAUGGCAACGGCUCUGAAGGGUCACAAAAGUCCGCCAUCCGGUGGCAAAUUCAACUGGAUGAAGCACGUUAAAUACGAACACCUGGUGGCUGGAGUUUCUGGUGGUGUGACGUCGACGUUGUUACUGCAUCCACUGGAUCUGAUCAAGAUACGAUUCGCAGUGAACGAUGGUCGUACAGCAGCUGUGCCCCAGUACCGUGGUUUGACGGGUGCAUUCUUAACAAUUUUCCGCCAGGAAGGCUUCAAAGGGCUGUACAAAGGUGUCACGCCAAAUGUUUGGGGAUCUGGCAGCGCGUGGGGAUUUUACUUUUUGUUCUACAACACCAUUAAAACAUACAUCCAGGAUGGCAAUAGCGCUCAACCGUUGGGUCCGUCUCUGCACAUGCUGGCAGCGGCCGAGGCCGGUGUGCUGACCCUGGUAAUGACCAAUCCGAUCUGGGUGGUGAAAACGCGACUCUGCUUGCAGCUGUCCGAGCCGGGUCAGAAAGUGAACAACGCCGCCGUCUACGCCGGCAUGGUGGAUGGACUGAAGAAGAUCUACCGUACCGAGGGUGUCCGGGGAUUGUAUAGUGGUUUUGUGCCGGGAAUGCUCGGUGUGUCGCACGGAGCGCUGCAAUUCAUGACGUACGAAGAAAUGAAAAACAAGUACAACCAGCAUCGGAAGCGACCCAUCGAUGCCAAACUGACUACCGUAGAGUAUUUGACGUUCGCCGCCGUCUCGAAGCUGAUCGCGGCCGCCACGACCUAUCCGUACCAGGUGAUACGGGCACGGCUGCAGGACCACAACCAUCGCUACAAGGGCACCUGGGACUGCAUCAAGCUGACUUGGAGAUAUGAGUCCUGGCGUGGCUUCUAUAAAGGACUCGGUCCGAACUUGUUGCGCGUGAUGCCGGCGACGAUGGUUACGUUCGUUACGUACGAGCAUGUCUCGCGCUAUCUGUUGGGCUUCCGCAAGCCGUAAUCGUUCUGAUACGAAAUUGCGACCACGCUGGCCGGAUGAUGAUGAUGAUUGGGGGACGGCUGCGUAUGUGUGUGUGAGUGCCAUGUGCAAUUUAAUUGCACCACUGGCUGCUUCCAGCCGUGUACUAAACGCAAACAAAUAUUACCAGUAGCUAUUAGAAGUAGAGAGCGUAAAUUAGUAUAAAAAAACGCGCAGGUUCAUCGUUUGCAACCGGGAUUUCGCGCUAGUUUAAUCGAAUGCCACAUCACAACAGGACUCUAUACUAUCGGGAGGUAAUCAUAUCGUUGAAUUGAUUAGAAAUACAGCCUUUAUGUUAUACUGCUUUGAAAAAGUACACACAAGCUUUUGCAAAUUAUUACUAAUCCACCGUU